AUGCCCACUCUAAAACCUCCAUUACACUUACUUUCUGGAAAGCCGCCAUUGCACUUUCACAUGCUUUUGAAUAAGCACGCGCCUUCUAUCUUCAAAGCACACGACACUAUAUCAUCCUCUGCUGAAGGUACCAUCAAGGUCUUGAAAAUAUUAGCUGACACCAAAAACUUGAAACUUGGGAAAGUAAUACAUGCUCAGUUGGUUAUAGCUAAUCAAGCUUCUCAAGACCAUGUAAUCCAAAACACUUCCCUGAUCAAUCUUUAUUCAAAAUGUGGUCAAAUUACAAUUGCUCGCCAGUUGUUUGAUGGAAUGCGCAGACGGAAUGUUGUUUCAUGGUGUGCUUUAAUGGUGGGGUAUUUCCAUCAUGGGUUUGCUUUAGAAGUUCUUAAGUUGUUCAAAACUCUGGUUUCAGUGGAUAAUUUGUGUCCGAAUGAGUAUAUAUUGACGACAGUUCUUUCAUCUUGUUCUGACAGUGGGUUGCUUAAAGAAGGCAAGCAAUGUCAUGGGUACGUGCUGAAGUCUGGAUUGGUGUUUCAUCAGUAUGUGAAGAAUGCACUAGUGUGCAUGUACUCGAUGUGUUUGGAUGUGAAAGAGGCUAUGAGGAUUUUAAAUUCAGCUCCUGGAUCAGAUUUAUUUACUUAUAACUGCAUUUUGCAUGGGCUUUUAAAUCAUGAUCAUUUGACUGUAGCAUUGGAUGUUUUGAACAGAAUGUUGGUUGAGUGCGUGGAGUGGGACAGCGUCACUUAUGUUAGUGUUUUUAGCCUUUGUGCACGUCUUAAAGAUUUGAAACUGGGUUUGCAAGUACACAACAGGAUGUUGAGGACUAAUGUCGAGUGUGAUUUGUAUGUUAGUAGUGCAAUCAUAGACAUGUAUGGCAAAUGCAGUGAGAUUUCAUUGACAAGAAAAGUUUUUGAUGGGUUGCAAACUCGAAAUGUGGUCUCAUGGACAGCAAUCUUAGCUGCUUACUUGCAAAACGAGUGCUUUGAGGAAGCAUUGAAACUAUUUUCAGAUAUGGAACUUGAAGAAAUUAAACCGAAUGAGAUUACGUUUGCCGUGCUGUUGAACUCCAGUGCUGGUUUGUCAGCACUGGGAUGCGGAAAUUCACUACAUGCACGUGCUGAGAAGUCAGGGUUUAAAGAUUAUGUAACGGUGGGGAACGCUUUGAUCAAUAUGUAUUCCAAGAAUGGCAACAUCGAAGCUGCAAAUGAAGUGUUCUCUGAUAUGAGGUAUCGAGACUCCAUUACAUGGAAUUCAAUGAUAUCUGGUUACUCUCGGCACGGGCUUGGUAAGGAAGCCUUGACAGUGUUUCAUGAUAUGUUAGCUAAAAAAGAGCAACCUAAUUAUGUAACUUUUGUUGGGGUUCUCUCUGCUUGUGGACACUUGGGUCGAGUACAAGAAGGUUUCUAUUAUCUGCAUCAGCUAAUGAAACAGAUGAAUAUAGAACCUGGAUUGGAGCACUAUACCUGUAUUGUUGGGCUUCUGAGUAAAGCCGGUUUACUUGAUGAAGCUGAAUAUUUCAUGAGGUCUACACCAAUUCAAUGGGAUGUUGUUGCCUGGCGUACUUUGCUUAGUGCUUGCCAUGUCUACCGGAACUAUGGUACAGGAAAGCGAGUUGCCGAUGUUGUGUUGCAUAUGGACCCCAAUGAUGUGGGAACCUAUGUCCUGUUGUCCAAUAUGCAUGCCAAGGCUAAGAGGUGGGAUGGGGUUGCAAAAAUUCGUAAGUUAAUUAGAGAAAGGAACAUAAAGAAAGAACCUGGACUGAGCUGGACAGAAAUAAGAAACGAUACCCACGUCUUUGUUUCAGAUGACAAUAACCACCCAGAGUUUGUUCAGAUUCACGAGAAGGUGAGAGAAUUGUUGGCCAAGAUUAAACUAUUGGGGUAUGUGCCUGAUUUUGCAUCAGUAACACAUGAUGUGGAGGAGGAACAGAAAGAAGAUUAUCUUAGUUAUCACAGUGAGAAGCUGGCCAUAGCCUAUGCCCUCAUAAAAACACCUACAGAAGCACCGGUUCGUGUAUUUAAAAACCUGAGAAUGUGUGAUGAUUGCCACUCUGCUGUGAAACUUAUCUCUAAGGUUACUGACCGAGUGAUAAUUGUAAGAGAUGUCAAUCGUUUCCAUUGUUUUCAAGAAGGAUGGUGUUCCUGUGCAGAUUAUUGGUGA